AUGGGUCGAGAACAGAUCAUUCCAAGCAGCGAUCCUCGCAAGAACGCCCUUGACUUUGUGACCGACAACGGCCAGCAUACUCUUAGGGUGGAAAAGUUUAUCGAGGCUGGUCGACCAAGUGGUGGCGACUCGCACAACUCCUAUGGGACGCACUAUACCACGCCUAGUGGACAAGAAUCGUACGCGCCUGCUAUUAAGGGCGUCUCGGGCCACGUUGUCGAAACAGGACAGUCGUUUACCGUCCGCGAUGACUACGAUUUUGACAACCUCUCUGAUAGCGGGAAGGGGUACCAUGUGAAUGCGCAGCUGGGCAAGGCGACAGUAGCCUUUACAUCGGGCCAGAAUAGUGCUCAGGCCUAUUACGACCGAACGAACAUGACGGGCGAGAGGUUGUAUUUCGACGGGGAGCAGAAUGCUGCCUCGUGGUACACGAGGGGUCAUUCGUGCUGA